UGCAUCCUGCCUGCCAAAGCAAAAGGAAGCCGUAUUAAAGAAAAGGAAAAGGAAAAGAAGCACCUUCAUCUCAUCAAAUCUUACACAAAUUCAAGCAAAAGAAUCGUCCCUCUCUCUACAGAUGAACUUCCUCCCUCCCAUUUUCCAGCUUUCACAUACUUCCAAUUUUCUGCUUGUUCAUGCCAGAUUCAAAGAACUCAAACACAAGGAAGCCCUGGUAUCAGAGAGCAAUGGAGGCAGUGAACUUAUGGAAAUCCAUAGAGAAACCCACUCAGAUUUCUUCUACCAAUUCAAACAGAUCAAAGCUAAGGAAGAGUUCUUCUCUAAAGCUCGCAAUUUCGUUCACUCGGGUGUGUCUCUGCGCACCGAUGUCAUCUUACACAGAGGUUUUUCGAGCCGAUCUUCCACCAAGAAGGAGCAACAGUUAUCCAAGAUCAAAACCAUUGGUCAUGGCACCUCCGGAAACAUUUACUAGUCAUAGAAUUAGUACAGAAGGCAGGAGGAUUUUCCGGGGGAAAUCAUUAACUGAUGAUGUUCUAAUGAGAAGAUUUGUUGUGGAAGAGGAAGCAAUGAUGCAAAUUAGGAGAAGGAAUGAAAUGGAAGUUAUAAGGAGGAGGAGUUCCAUGAGAAGGAAGAAGUUGGGUCCUAGUCCACUUAGGAGAAUGGUUAUGGCCGGGGAUGAUAAUUAAAUUUAAUUGAACAUAGAUCAAUAACUUUUUUUCAAUUAUUUUUUUUCUUGUCUAAAUGGUUUUUUCAGGGUGGAAUAUCUUUUGGGGUUUUGAUCUCUUGUUCAUUUUAUCAAUGGAAUGAUUCAUACAUUAAUUCUAUGACUGCAGUAAUAUUAUUUCAGCCUUUUUUUUUCAUUAUAAG